AUGACAGGAGGAGAAGCAGUCAUGGCUUCCUACAACAAGCAUGUGUACAUGUACAGCAUGUGGGAGGUUCAGUCAGUAAGGAGACUAUCUCCAAAUAUCACACCAGAAGUGGAUGAGGAUGUGUUUGGGGAGUCGUCCCAUUGGACGGUGCGUCAUGGUUUUCCUUACCAGCCUACUGCUUUGGCCUUUGACCCGGUGCAGAAGAUCCUGGCCAUUGGCUCCAGAUCAGGCGGCGUACGAAUACUGGGACGACCCGGGGUGGAUUGCUACUGUCAGCAUGAGAGCGGAGCAGCUGUUCUUCAACUGCAGUUCCUCAUCAAUGAGGGGGCGCUGGUCACUGCCUGUGCAGAUGACACGCUACAUUUGUGGAAUCUCCGUCAGAGGCGGCCGGCUGUCCUGCAUUCGCUCAAAUUCAACAGAGAGAGGAUCACGUUUUGCCACCUUCCCUUUCAGAGUAAAUGGCUAUACGUGGGGACGGAGCGCGGAAACACACACAUCGUCAACAUCGAGUCCUUCAUUUUGUCUGGAUACGUCAUCAUGUGGAACAAGGCCAUAGAACUAUCGACUAAAACUCAUCCAGGACCUGUGGUUCACUUGAGCGACAGCCCAAAGGAUGAAGGAAAGCUGCUUAUAGGGUUUGAGAGCGGGACAAUCGUACAAUGGGACCUACGGGGCAAGAAGGCUGACUUCAGAAUGCACUACGAUGAGGCCAUACAUUCAGUCAGCUGGCAUCAUGAAGGGAAGCAGUUCAUGUGCAGUCACUCAGACGGCAGCCUGACGAUGUGGAACCUCAGAAACACCACCAGGCCAUUCCAGGUCACCUUUCCUCAUGGAAAGGUACAGAAGGAUGGGAGAAAGGAGUCUUGUAAACCAAUACUCAAAGUGGAGUACAAGACCUCGAGGAGCAGCGAGCCUUUUAUCAUCUUCUCUGGCGGUCUUUCAUAUGACAAGGCGGGAAGGCGGCCCACGUUAACCAUCAUGCAUGGCAAGGCUAUCACUGUGCUGGAGAUGGACUACCCUAUUGUAGAGUUUAUGGCACUCUGUGAGACUCCUUACAACAACGAGGUCCAGGAGCCUUACGCAGUGGUGGUGCUUUUGGAGAAGGACUUGAUCGUGGUGGAUCUGACACAGAGCAACUUCCCUGUCUUUGAGAACCCUUACCCCAUGGACAUCCAUGAGUCUCCAGUUACCUGCACAGCCUAUUUUGCAGAGUGUCCGCCAGACAUUAUCCCCAUCCUGUACUCUAUAGGAGCUAAACACAAGAAGACUGGCUACAGCCAAAAGGAGUGGCCAAUCAGUGGAGGAACAUGGACGUUAGGCUCCCACACCUACCCAGAGAUUAUCAUCACCGGACAUGCUGAUGGAUCAAUCAAGUUUUGGGACGCGUCUGCAAUCACACUGCAGAUGUUGUACAAGCUGAAGACCUCCAAAGUGUUUGAGAAGCCGAAACCAGGUGAAGGCCGGGCGGCCGAGUUGGUGGAGGAAGACCCCUUUGCAAUUCAAAUGGUCAGCUGGUGCCCUCAGAGUCGCAUCUUCUGUGUAGUUGGCAUCUCAGCCCACAUCAUCCUGUAUCGCUUCAGCAAAUAUGAUGCCAACACUCAAAUUGUGUCACUGGAGGUGCGUCUACAGUGUGAGUCAGAAGAUGUCAUCUCUCCAUCCGAGAAUGAAAACAAUCCCUGCUUCUCAGAGUCUGGCUCCCACUCACCCCAGCCCCAUCACCAACACCCAGCUAGCCCCGGCGCUGGGACACCUGAGGGUGUCAAAGACAGCAUCCCCUGCAUUAAAGUGAAGGACCGGAUGGUUCGGGUCCCUCCUGGCUACCAGGCAGAACUGGUCAUCCAGCUGCUGUGGGUAGAUGGAGAACCUCCACAACAGAUCACCAGCCUCGACAUCAACUCUGCCUAUGGCCUUUUGGCGUUUGGGAACUGCAAUGGCCUAGCCGUGGUGGACUACUUGCAGAAAACCAUCCUGUUGUGUAUGUCGACACUGGAUCUGUAUGGAGCCGCCGACCCCUACCAGCGCCUUACCCGCUCCCCCCGCAGGAACAGACAGUCCACCUCAGAGUUUUGCAUGCGUGGCCUGUCUAACUUUUAUUCAGAUUCAAAGAAAAGGAUCCGUACAUCCUAUCAGAGCCUUACUGAACUCUCUGACAACCAGCAGUCCAUUGAUAUGGAAAGAAGCAAGUCGCCCACCUCAGUUCAUUACCCAACCUCCCUUCACAAUGACCCGCGCAUCCUGCCAGAGCCUGUGGCCAGUCUGAGAGCCAGCCACUGCAGUCCAGUGUUUUACUUACUGGACAAUGUAAAGGGACCCGGCAGAAAGUUAAGUCUGCCAACAGAUCUUAAGACUGAUCUUGAUCAUGUCAAUGGACAUUGCACUAGCCCCACCUCUCAGCCGUGCUCGGCGGGGAAGCCUCGCGUCCCGAUGGUUCCCGAGGGGCCACGGCUUACCCGCAGAGGCCCUGGCCGACCGCCCUUCCGCAAGGCCCAGUCCGCUGCUUGCAUGGAGAUCUCUUUGCCUGUGUCCCACACUGAAGGUUAUGCAUCCAGGAGGGCAAUGCUUCAGCAGUUUCAUGGAGUCACUAUGUACUCCCACGACGAGCACCACAUCAGCGCCCCCUACUGCUGGAGCGAGAGAGAGAGUCGUGAAAACUCCUUCAGCCGCUCACGCAGCUCCAGUGUGUCCAGCAUCGACCGGGACACCAAAGAGGCUAUCACCACACUGCAGUUUGCAGAAUCUUACGGGCGCAAGAAUGACGCCGUGCCCACCCCAUGUCUGUGGGUGGGCACCAGCUUAGGCGUGGUCCUGGUCAUCCCAAUGUCCAUUCCCACCGACCAGGAGGAGAGGAUGGAAGAACCUGUGACCAUUGGCCCCAGCGGAGCGGUCCUGAUGCUGAAGGGCUCAGUGUUGCGUUUUGGCUUCUUGGACCUCAUGGGAGCGCUCAUUCAGAGCCCCUACGAGGUUUGGCGGGACCUCAACGCCCCGGAGAACCCUGACCGACCACGGAAGCGCAAGCUGGUCAACUUUUCACCCUCAUCCUCUCAGGACACCUGCGGAGAGGGACAUCUGGCUGUGGUGUGCUCCGAGAGGCAGGCCAAAGUAUUCUUGAUGCCCUCACAGUCUUGCCUCUUUGUCCACAACAUCACUGAGUCAUCCUUUGUACUGCGAGCCGACGUGGUAUCUGUGUGCAACAGUGUGUGCCUGGCCUGCUUCUGUGCUAACGGACACAUCAUGACGAUCAGUUUGCCCAGUCUAAGACCGAUGAUGGACAUCAAUUACCUGCCUCUGACAGACAUGCGCAUUGCCAGAACCUUUUGCUUCACCAACGGGGGGCAGGCACUAUAUCUCGGCUCCCCGACAGAGAUCCAGAGAAUUACUUACAGCCAGGAGAUGUGUGAUAACCUGCAGGAGAUGCUGGGGGAGCUUUUUACACCAAUAGAAACACCAGAAGCCCAGAACAGAGGCUUUCUAAAGGGCUUCUUUGGAGGAAACGCCAAUACUUUCGACAGAGAGGAGCUCUUUGGUGAGGCAUCAGCUGGGAAGGCUUCUCGGAGUCUGGCCCAGCACAUCCCCGGGCAGGCGGGGAUGGAGGGCAUGAAAGUGGCUGCUAGCGGAGUAGUGGGUGAUCUGGCAAGGGCCCGCAUUGCUCUGGAUGAGAGAGGCCAAAGGCUGGGGGAGCUGGAGGAUCGAACUGCCCUGAUGAUGACCAGUGCAGAAACCUUCUCCAAGCACGCUCAUGAGCUGAUGCUGAAGUGCAAGGACAAGAAGUGGUACCAGUUCUAAUAGCAGGACAGAGGGAUGAGGCUGCCCUUGGACUGCUGGGAACUUUAUGCCGGGAUGGGGACUUUCACUCUACAAAUGAGAGCAAUUAAAAGAGGGACUCAAGAGUGACAUUGUCUUUACGGCUUCUGGACUGGCUAUUGUACGGCACUGUCACAUUGUUGAAGGACGAGGACAGGCUAGUCCCUUGUCUAGACAUAGACAAGUGACGUAGUGAUGAGGAGAGAAAGAGAAUGGUGGCAUUUGAAGGACUGAAGAUGGAACUGGAAAUAUCCUACAAGUCUGUGUGUGUGCGCGCGUGUGCACACGUGCAUUCGUGUUUGUGUGUGUGCGUGUGUGUGUGUGGUUGGGUUUUCUGGACCUCACUGUGUAGAUACUCAAACGUUAAGAAACCAACAAGAAAUGCAUGAAACAAAAAUGGAUGACUAAUAAAAAUAUCCAACUGCCAUAUUAAAAAGCAGCAUGCUACUUUAACAGGAGAUACAAAAAUAAAAAGUUUUAUUCAAUGAUGUAAGCCAACAACAGAGACUAUGAAAUACUUUAUAUUUUUUGAAAUAUUGACAAAAACUAUAUAUAAAAAGGGAAAUGUAUACCUGCAUUGCUAUUAAGCCAAAACUUGUGUUCCUUUCCCUUUUUUUUUAUUUUAAUUUUUGGUUCAUUUACAUUUUUUUCUUAGUCUCAGCUAAUAUUACUUGCCACUAUAUAAGUACACAUAGUUAGCUUUCUCUACAAACACUUAGUAUAAUGCUAAAACUAUAUUCUAUAUUCUUACCAAUUACUCUGGGCUGCACAGUGAAAACACAAAUCAGCAGUAUUUACACUUACCUUUGCACAGUCUAAUCACACUGAUUUAAUUUCACUUUUUGGCUGCUGCUACUUACAAAAGCAUUAAAUGAUGAUGAGGAAUAUCUCACUCCCCAACUACAGUUUUAUGAAAACAAGAGGGCAGAUUGGUGUGCAGCAAAGGCUGAAAGAGUUAAAAGUGAAUUCUGGACACAGUGUGUUUAUAUCUUUAGUAUAGACCUAUAUACUAUUCACGUGCCAUAAAAAACAAGGUGAGUGAAUUCACUCACUGUAAACCAACUAACAAAGAGCUAAUGUGUGGUAGUCAUCAUUUGUUUCCUGUUGGAUCAGAACUGAUGAGACGUAGUACUUGGAGUUGGCCACAGAGGGCAUUUAUCAAA